AUGAAGAAACAGAUUUCCCAGAGUCUGCGAGCUCUUGGCUUGCAAACCAGCGAUUUCCGCAACUUUGAAGACCUUGACGAUGAAUUCAAGUUUCUUCGCCGUCAUUACUUGAAGCAAUGCCUCAAAACUCAUCCGGAUAAAGGCGGAGAUGCGGACGUCUUUCGCAAUGUCAAUGAAAGCUUUGAAUUCCUCAAGGAUUUGGUGGAAAAGAAUCUCAUUACCACCCUCAAGGGGUCUUCCAAUAAUUUGGCUUCAGACGAGUUCGAUUUUAUCUUUGAAUCAUCAGACGAAAUGCCUUCCUAUCAGUACUACGAACAAGCAGCCAAACAAGACAUGCCACCGUAUCGUGUCGAAUACGCCAAGACUGGUCGUGGUAAAUGCUUUGCCAAGAAAGCAUCCAAAACAUGUGGAGAAGAGGAGGAAGAUAUUCGUAUCGAAAAAGGUGAAGUUCGCAUUGGUUCUAUGGAUCAACAGAGCGGCACUUACGGUCGAUGGUGUCAUAUUCACUGUUGGAGAGUUCCAAGCCGAAUUUGGUUGGGAAUUCCAGAUACCGAUACCGAAUCAGAUCCUCAAGUAUUCGUUCAAGCAUUGCUCAAGCUCGAUGGUGUCAGUCUAAUCGGAUUUGCUGACUUGAAGGAAGAAGACCAGCUAGCCAUUGUGAAGCAUGUCACUGACAAGAAACACUGGGCCAAGCGUAUGCCCAAAAAGAAAAAGAAAACAAUGGAAACUAUUCCAGCAGAUACUGCCCAAGGCGAUGCCAAACCAGCUCCCUUUGAUAACACGACGACUGCCUUAGUUAUUACUGAGCCAAAUCAAUUGGUUCAUAGGAGGGAAAGAUUCCUCAUUCCAGUUCCUGGUGUUGGUGGCGCUUUGCCCAACAGUCUUCAAGGCCAAACCAUUGUCAUGACUGGAACCUUUCCAGAAGUCGGCGGAGGCGUUGGCCUCAAUAUGGGAAAGGACAAGGUCAAGGCCAUGUGCCAGUCCUUUGGGGCUCGAGUCACCGGUUCUGUCUCUGGAAAGACUACCUUGUUGCUGGUCGGAAAGGAACCGGGCAUGUCCAAGGUCAGCAAGGCCAAACAACGCAAGAUUCCCACUACGGACAUUCACAACAUUCGCAAUAUUGUGCUAGGCCAGAUCGCCAUGGAAGAAGCUCCACCAGCCAGCAUUACCGAUUUCAGCGCAGGCUACAAGCUGAAGAGUGGACACAAUGGACUUGCUCUCCAGCAUGGCAAAGCCUAUUUGGACAACUUGCGGCAUGAAUCUGCCGCAGUUCCCAAGAAACGACCAGCCGCCAUUGAAGCGGCCCCAUCGAUGAGUGCCAAACCAAAUGCCAAAAAGGCCAAGAAAGCAACUAAGAAGAACGUGCCUCCUCCUGCGGAUGAUAAGGAGAAUUCCAAUCCGCCCACCGCCAACCAGCAUCAAUCUUCUGACACUACCGCCACAGAUACUACCAAUGAUUAUUCCAAGAUGACUUGCAAGGCGCUUCGUGCAAUUCUCAAGAAUCGUGGAUUGAAAGCUGGUGGUAAAAAGGCAGUAUUAAUUGAGCGUCUCAAAGAGCAACAACAACGGCCAGAACAAGUGUCAUCGCAACCACCAGUAGUCCCAAAGAAUGAUUCGUUGCAACCGAAACAGCCGCAACAAGUCCGAUUGGAACCAAAGGUACAACAACAACAGCGACAACGCAGCAAUCCUUCGGAACAAAUGCGGUACCAGCUUGCGCUGUUGCAGAAUCAAGCCAUGAAUCUAGCAAUGAGUCGGCUACCUGCUCACCAAGGGACCAGACAGUCGGUGCCGCGAGCUCGCCAUCCAGCCACCUCUGCAGUACGCAACCAUCAUUUUGAACAGAUGCAGUACCAGCUUGCCAUGAUGCAGAACCAAGCCGUAUCCGGACAGUCGGUGUCACAGCAGGCUAUCCCUAUGCAUCCAGACAUGUCCAUGAGGCGAGCACCUCCUGACCAGCGCAACCAUUUUGAACAAAUGGAGUACCAGCUUGCCAUGAUGCAGAAUCAAGCCAUAGCCGGACAGUCGGUAUCACAGGCUAAUGUUCCUAUUCAUCCAGCCAUGUCCAGAAGUCGGACACCUACUGACCGAUGGGUCUGA